AUGUGUUCUUAUUCUUUCAUAGCAACUUCAGAUCAAGUUCACUACCAUGUUAGAUCCAUUAGCUUGCCUUCUAGAUUACACCCUUUAUCCAAUGACAUCGAAAUCGAGCUCAAGAAUUUCGAAUUAUUAGCAUCUUCCAUGAAUAAUGCAGAUUUAUUAACAAGGCUUGUGCAUUUGUACAAUUGUGUGAAUGAACAAAUCAUUGGUUCUUCACUCUCCCAAAAGGUUCUUCUCCAUGAUCAAGAUCAAGAAAAGUACUUAGAUAAAGUACUCGAUAUGUCACUUGUUUUUCUUGAUGUUUGUGGAUCGGCAAGAGAAUUGUUGCAACUCGCGAAAGAACACGCGCAAGAGCUUCAAUCCGCGAUGCGUCGCGGAAAGGGUCAAGAUUGUUCCAGCAUUAAGAGCCAAAUCUGUGAUUACUUCUGUUUCAAGAAAAGGGCAAAGAGGGAAAUCUCUAAGAUCCUUAAAUCAUUGAAGAAAAUGGAAAAUAAUCAUGGCUUUGUUAAUAGUAAGACACAUUGUUUAUCAAAUGUGUCUAAAGUUCUAAGAGAACUAAGCAUUGUAACCAUUUUGGUCUUGAGAAGAAAGGACAAAAACAUUAUUGUUGAUGAUGGAAACUACUUUUGUGUACUGUUUUUCGCUGUUAAGGAUCUGUUCAAGACAUGA